AUGACGAGUCUUUGGCAACCACCCAAAGAUUAUCGAAACCGCCCUGUUGUUGUUCUGGGAGCAGGUGUUCUCGGACGUCGUAUUGCCUGCAUCUGGGCAUCAGCAGGAUAUAACGUCCGAGUCCGAGAUCCUAGCGCCGAACAACGUGAAGCAUGCGCUGCCUACGUGCACGAAAACGUAGCCUUGUACGGAGACAACAUUGCCAAUAAGGUCAAUAGCACUUAUGGAGGAAUUGAAACCUUUGAAGAUUUGAAGGAGGCCGUUAUUAAUGCGUGGCUCGUCAUCGAGGCCGUUCCCGAAAGAAUCCAGAUCAAAAUCGACACCUUUGAAUCAUUAGAGAGCCUCGCACCCGCCGACUGCAUCCUCGCUUCUAAUUCUUCAUCGUACAAAUCAUCUGAAAUGUUGACCAAGGUGUCUGACGCAACAAAAGCCCGUGUUUUGAACAUGCAUUACUACAUGCCCCCUCAAAUCAUGGUUGUUGAAUUGAUGACCAGUGGGUUCACUGAGAAGCCCAUCUUCCAAUUCAUGGUUGAUCGUUCUAAGGAAGCCGGCACCAACCCCUACGUUGCCCGAAAGGAGUCUACCGGAUUUAUCUUCAACCGGCUCUGGGCAGCAGUGAAGCGAGAAGUUUUAACCAUUCUCUCUGAAGAGGUUUCAGUUCCCGAAGAAAUUGACUCGAUAUGGUAUGAGAUGUUCAUUAAGGGAAAGUUUCAACCUUGCAAGGGCAUGGAUAGUGUCGGUCUUGACACUGUUGCUUUCAUCGAAAAUCACUACAUCGCUGAGCGCGGUCUGUCUUCCGAGAAAACAGUCGACUAUCUGCAAAAGAAUUACCUUGAUCAAGGCAAAUUGGGCAAUAAGUCUGCCAAGGGUGGUCUUUAUCCCCCCGCUCAAACAAAUGGCAAUAGCACUGCCGCUGCAGAGUCAAAGAUAUAUGUCCUAGAUAUUGGCUUGUCUGCGAGGAACCCCAGUGCCACAGCAGGUGAAAUUCUCCGAGUCUCGCCUAGUGGGCAAUUGGAGAAAGUUGUUCUCGCUGGUCAGGCUUACCCUGAUGGAAUCACCGUGGAUCCCGUCAGCAAGCGCAUGUUCUGGACAACCAUGGGUGUUCCCGGAAAACCAGACGGAGCUGUGUACUCUGCCAAUCUAGAUGGCACCGACAUCCAGACUGUUAUCUCUCCGGGUGCCGUCAAUACUCCUAAGCAAAUCGCUCUUGACCAGGAAGCCAAAAAAAUCUACGUCUCUGACCGCGAAGGUCUCCGUGUUGUUCGGUGCAGUCUCGAUGGCUCUGACUUCGAAGUAUUGAUUCAAAACGGUGAUUCUACCAAGGCGGAAGACCGCCAAGAUCUCAUGAAAUGGUGUGUCGGUAUGGCUGUCGUCCCCAGUCUUGGAAAGUUCUUCUGGACACAGAAAGGCAUAUCCAAGGGCAACAAAGGUGUCAUCUACUCCGCAAAUAUUACCACCCCCGCAAACAAAUCAGCCUCUGACCGAGACGAUAUUCAACGUGUCCGAGACAACCUCCCCGAGCCUAUUGACUUGGAGUUUGACGAGAAGACUAGCACUCUGUACUGGACUGACCGUGGUGAGCUCCCAUGGGGAAAUUCAUUGAACAGCGUCAAACUUGACGCAGCUGGUCUCGCUGUCCCAAGCUCGUCCCGGGGAUAUGAAAUUCUCUCUCGCAAUCUAAACGAGGCUAUUGGCCUGACGCUAGAUACCAAAAACAACACCAUCUACAUCACAGAUUUGGGUGGCAACAUCUAUAAAUCCGAUCUCGACGGAAAGAAUAGGGUGAAAAUCUAUAGUAACGAGGAAAGGGCAUUCACUGGAAUCACUGUUGCUUAA